AUGUCAUUAAACCGACUCAACGUAACAUGCGCUUGCGACGUUUGUAAAAUUAAAAAGACCAAAUGUGAUCGUGCCGCAAAUACGAAAUGCACCGAAUGCAUAAAACGUAAUAUAGAAUGCACUUUCUAUAAAGGUAUGGGGGAAAGACGUGGUCCAAAGCCAAAAAAAAAUCCGAUUAAUGACAGCCCUACGAUACCUGUAGACCCGCCUAAGGGAAUUUGUCAUGAAAAUGAAAUCUUUAAUAGUUUAUCCAUAGAAGAAAUAAGAAACUUCAACAACGCAGACGUUAUACCAUUAGAUCCGCCUAGAGAAAUUUACGAUUUGAAUGAAAUCAUUUAUGGUCUACCCACAGAAGAAUACUUCAGCAACGCAAACCAAGUUGUACCUAUAGAUAAUGAAAGAACUAAAGAUACUCGGAUCUUUCACCCUACAACCCUGCCCGUUCAAGAAUAUUGUGAGUCAUCUGUGCCAUAA